CAGAUCAAAUGACAGAUGCAUCAAUAAACAUUGUGUAGGUUUAUUUCCGGUCAGAUGACUUGAGKGAAUUUUACUUCCGGUUCACUGACACAAAGCAAAAUGGCGGACAAGUUGCAGCUUUGGGAAACCUUUGAUAAAUUUAGCGCAUUUUUCGGUGGCUAUCGAAAUCUGUUGGCAGUUUUAGGUUUUGCUUGGGCUGCAAAGAUCUCCUUGUCCGUUUGCUUGUCCUUGCUUAGUGGAUUGAGAGUCUACGUAUUUACGAGAUUGUUAGUCGUAAAGGAUUUGUCUACCAAGUAUGGUGGCAAAUGGGCUGUUGUUACUGGUGCUUCUGAUGGAAUAGGAAAGGCCUUUGCCAGAGAGCUUGCAAAAUAUGGGAUGAACAUUAUACUCAUAAGCAGAACCACCCCAAAACUUGAGAAGAUUGCAAAAGAGAUUGAAACAGAGUUUCAAGUCYUGACAUAUGUGUCAACAACUGACUUCAGCCGACAAGACAUAUAUAGAGGAAUUGCAAGGGAAUUGGAGCAGUUUGAUAUUGGAAUAUUAGUAAACAAUGUUGGUGUCAUGUACGACUAUCCUCAGUUGCUGUUAGAUGUCCCAGAAAAGCGUUUGUGGGAGUUGUUCAACAUCAACAUGGCUGCAACUACCAUGAUGACUUGUGUCGUUUUGCCUCAAAUGGUGAAAAGAAAAAGAGGAGCGAUAAUCAACAUGUCAUCCAGUGCAGCCCAGCAACCCACACCUCAGAUGACAGUAUAUGCCGCAACUAAGGCAUUUGUUGAUCACUUUUCAAGAGCAUUGGCUUAUGAAUAUUCAUCAGAUGGCAUUACUGUCCAG